CUUCGACUUGAAUUGCUGAGUUGCUUUACAAUGGACAUGUUAUAAAGGAUAAUGCAAUUUCGCUCGCUAUGCACAUUGGCUAUAAUCUCCGUAGUCGCCGCGGCUACGGUUGUCCCAUCUACUGAUCGUGACGGGCAUGCUCGCUUUCAGACUUUUUCACAGUACCGGCCGCCGCUUCUCAAUCUGACUGUGUACGAUUCGGACAAAGUGUCUCCUGGCUAUUUCUUCAUUGCACCGUACUCUCAACUAGCAGCCAAACAAAUCACAGAUCCUGCCGAGGCAUAUAUCACUGGCCCGACCAUAUAUGACCGCAAUGGACAACUAAUAUGGAUCGGAUCUACCAUGUUUCCGGGGCGGGAUGCCUACGACUUCCGAGUUGUCAAAUACAAAGGGGAGAGCAUGCUUUCAUGGAUCAUUUCGACCAAUGAAUACUAUCCGGAUCAUCCAGGAGGAAAAGCUGUCCUGGUGAACGACAAGUACGAGCUUGUCAACACAACCUUGCCUUUAUUCGAUACUCCAGAAUUCAACAUUCAUGAGUACAACAUCAUCAACGAUGGGGCAUCUGUUUUGACUCUCUAUUCCAAUCCUGUGUUAGUGAAUGAGACUUGGAUCCAGGAUGACGGUAUUGCAGAGAUUGAUCUGUCUACUGGAGCAAUUCUGUUCCGUUGGAGCUCUCUUGAACAUAUUUCUUUGAACGCAUCAAACUUUCAUCUUCCGAAAGCCGGGACAACAUCACACAAACGACCAUGGGACUGGUUUCAUGCAAACUCAAUAGACAAGAACGCAGAUGGAGAUUAUCUGUUAUCGUCACGACAUACGAGUUGUAUAUACAAGAUAUCUGGCUCCAACGGAUCUUUGAUUUGGCAACUAGGAGGCAAGACUUCGGAUUUCGACCAUCCCAGCGGCUUCAACUUCUCCUGGCAGCACGAUGCUAGAUACAGAUUUGAAGACAAGACAACUACUACAAUUUCCUUCUUUGACAAUGCAGGAAUUGGCAUGACAAUAGAAGACAAGACUACAGGGAACUGGAGCCGUGCAGUAGUCGUCGAACUCAACACUUCUGCCUCGCCCAUGACAACAAGGGUUCUGCGCAGCUACGACAGACCAGAUCAUGAGACGUCGAUUGCAAGAGGAAGUAUGCAGAUGCUUCCGAACGACAAUGUAUUCAUUGGAUGGGCUAGCUAUGGUCUCAUCAGCGAAGUCACACAAGACGGCACGCCCGUCAUGGAAGCCAGGUUCGUCGACGAGACAAUGAGCACUUACCGCUCUUACAAAUUCAACUUCACUGGCCGACCACGUCUACCGCCGGUAACGAAGUCUAUCGUGUACGGCACAACGCCAAAGACAGCAAACACUUUCCACUACUUCAGCUGGAAUGGAGCCACGGACGUCUACUCAUGGAAUCUCUACGGUUCCUCAAAAAACUCUUCGGAUAGCUUUACUCUUCUGGCUAAUGUGGAAAAGACUGAUUUCGAAACCAUGUACAUGACAAGAGGCUUUGUGGCAUACGUUUAUGUCGAAGCAAUCGGUGCUGAUGGCAAAGUGAUGAGCCGUUCAAUACCUACAGCAUCAGAACUUCCUCGGACAUGGAUUGGCACUUUUUGUACAGCCGAUGGCAUUUGCGAGAUUGACGAGCAUGAUGAAUCUCUUCAGAAGCCAGAGCACGAGCACUUUGGAGCAAAACUUGAUCAUGGGAUAGAAGGAAUAUCUCUCACGAAGGAUACGUUAGAUGAACCAAUGAUGCUAGGUGUUGGUCUUUUGGUCAUCAUCGCAUGUGUAUAUUUGAUGGUACAUUUGUACAGAAGGCGUAAUGUAGUACGUUAUAAGCAUGUAGAGUAGUGUAAUAUAUGAACUUGUGAACUCC